ACAUCUUCAGCUGCAGCGUUUCCUUUGUACACACCAGAUUACGAUGGAUUAGCUAUUUCUCUGGAGCCAUGCUCUCAUUCAGGGCUAAUUUUGGGUCGAACCGCCGAGUCCUUGCAGGGAACCGAUCCGGCUUGUUUCCGCAUUCCCGCAGCCGCCGUGCGCACUGCAGGCGCGGAGCUAAGAUCCACGAUGUGAACAGAAAAAACCGGUUUCUCCGGCUUAUCUCCCCAACCAGCGCAGGCGGGUCAUUAUGUUUGACGGCAGAGGCAGAAAGGUAACCCAGAGGACAGAAAGGCUGCUAGCUGUGGGCUUCGACGGGCCGUUUUCGGUGUUUUAAUUAAGCCUGAAGCGCGUCUUUCUGAUCGGUAACAGAAUUAGAACAAAAGGCGGCCGCGCGCGCCCCUUCAUGUCCCGGGAUGGAGAGUUGCUGUCGCUCCUGUAUGCCGUGUUUUGAUGGGCUGUGGAACUGGAUAUGGCCCGACAUUCGCUAUCCGAACAUCCCCAACCACCACAACCAUGUCAUCGCGAACCCGGGGGCCCAUGAGGCUGAGAUCCGCACCGUGUCCGGCGACAUCCGCAUCCCGUCGCCCAAGAAGCGGCCAGCGCAACUGUAUGCGGCGCUGUUCGAUUUCGAGGCUCGAAGCGACGAGGAGCUGACAGUGAAGGAGGGGGACAAGCUGUCUGUGAUCGAGAAGAGAGGGGAGUACGUGCUGGCCAAGAAACUGACCGGGACCCUGGAGUCCGGACUGAUCCCGGCGAAUUACGUGGCUCUGCUGCAGGACGAGUUCGCCAAACACAAGUGGUACUACGGGAACAUUAACCGCGUGAAAGCUGAGAAGCUGCUGCUUGCAUCCCAAAACAAAGAUGGCGCCUUCCUGGUUCGCAUCAGUGAGAGUCACAGCGACGAGUAUACGAUCUCUGCCCGAAGUGAGGGAAAGGUUUUCCACUUCCGGAUCCAGAGGUCAACUAUUGGAGCGUACUUUGUCUCAGACAAGAUCUCUUUUGCCACACUGGGGGAACUGGUCACCUUCUACCAGAAAAACCCUCGUAGCCUGGGUGUGCAGCUGGUGGGGCCCUGCGCUCAGCAGAGGGAACUCUUCGACAUGGAGCCAUGGGAGAGGCCGCGGGAGGAGUUCAAACUUCAGAGGAAGCUGGGAGAAGGACAUUUUGGAGAGGUGUGGGAGGCCGCCUGGACCAAAGGGAACAAGAAGGUGGCCAUAAAAAUGCUGAAACAAGAGGACACGAAGCAGGAUGAGUUUGUGAAGGAGGUUCAGGCGCUUAAGAGUCUCCAUCAUCCUCGGCUCAUCCAGCUGUUAGCCAUGUGCUCCAGAGGAGAGCCAGUCUACAUUGUGACUGAACUCAUGAGCAAAGGAAGCCUCAAGUCGUACCUUUCCUCUGCUGAAGGCCAGGUGCUGACAUCAGCUCAUCUCAUCUACAUGGGCAGUCAGAUUGCAGAUGGUAUGGCCUACUUGGAGGACAGAAACAUCGUCCACAGAGAUCUGGCAGCCAGGAACAUUUUGGUGGGAGACGAUCUGGUCUGCAAGGUGGCUGACUUUGGACUGGCUCGGAUAAUUAGGGACAGUGUUUACACGGCCAGUCGCAACACAAAGAUCCCGGUCCGGUGGACGGCUCCCGAGGCUGCGCUUUACCAGCGCUUCUCUGUGAAAUCCGAUGUUUGGUCAUUCGGGGUUCUACUCUACGAGAUGAUGUCACGUGGGAAAAUGCCUUAUGAAGGGAAAAGCAAUAAGGAAGUGUUGGACAUUUUAUCAUCUGGAUUUCGGCUGCCGUGUCCAACCCGCUGUCCUCAGAAUAUUUAUCGCAUUAUGAUGGACUGCUGGGCUGCUGAGCCCUCCAAAAGACCUUCGUUCCAUGCACUGCACAGCCAGCUUGAUACAAUAUAUGCCAGGAUCUAUUUCAAGACCAUAGAAGUGUAGAUGGAAGAAAUCUCUGUAGGGGAGGGAUGAAAUCUGCUGACAAAGGUUGAAGGACAGAAUGAAGAUAAAUGGUAAGGAAUAUUCUUCUACAUAUGGUCCACUUUCACAACAGGACGACAU